GCUAAUUAGUCGGUGUUUAGAUCAGCGAGGAACCGGUCAGGAGGAUGUCCCGUCACUUCGAUACCGGAGAUGUGGACGCGCGGCGGCCUCUGCUCACCGGAGAACAGCCGGAUUCCAGCGCGCCGGACUCUGAUGAAGGUGAAAUCAUUUUUGAGCGGAGUAUUGAACAUGAAGGAGUUAGAAACGCAGCCAAAAAGCUGUCUUAUGAAGAAGCAGUUGAAGGAUCAGGCUUCGGUUUGUUUCACUGGCUGCUGCUGCUGGUGUGCGGUUGGGCCAACGCCAGCGACGCCGUGGAGAUCUUGUGCGUCUCCUUUCUGUUGCCGACGGCACGGUGCGACCUGCUACUGAGCUCCGCUGACAUGGGCCUGCUCACUGCCAGCAUUUUCCUCGGAAUGAUGGUGGGGGGUUACGUGUGGGGCUACCUGGCUGAUCAGAGGGGGCGCCGCAAAGUUCUGGUUGUCUCCCUGACCGUCAACGGGGUGUUUGGCUGCCUGGCCAGCUUCUCUCCGUGGUUCUGGCUCUUCCUGCUGCUGCGUUUUCUCAGCGGUGUUGGGGUUGGCGGGUCCAUCCCCGUUAUCUUCUCCUACUUCUCAGAGUUCAUGCCCCGGUUGAGGAGGGGUGCGAUGAUAAGCGCUCUGGCCACCUUCUGGAUGGCGGGAAACAUCCUGGCUGCUGGUCUGGCCUGGCUGGUGAUUCCCAGAACCUGGGCUCACGUCUCUCUGGGAGCGCUGGACUUCCAGAGCUGGAGGCUGUUCGUGGUCCUCUGCUCCAUCCCCAGCCUCUCUUCAGCCCUCAUCUUCAAGCUGCUCAUGCCAGAGAGCCCAAAGUUCCUCAUGGAGGUUGGAGAAGAAGCAGAAGCGAUCCGGGUCUUCAGAAAGAUGUUUGACCUGAACAACCGCAGAAAAGAAAACACUUUCUCUGAGUUCAGUUUAUUUAUAAGCAGUAAACAAAAAGGGGAACUGGAGGAAGUCCGAACUCCUGCUUCACUGCGAAACAUAUUGAAAAAGGGUUUGAGUCCCAUCAAGAAGAUAUUCAGUGGCGCUCUGAAAGGCCGCAGCGUCGCUCUGCUCAUCAUCUUUUACUGCAUCUCUUUUGGGUACUACGGCCUGUGGAUGUGGUUUCCUGAGCUCUUUGAGCGCGUUGAAGACGGCGGCUCGCCGUGCGCCAACAUCUCUCUGUCGUCUCCAGACCACAACCAGAACUGUUACCCGGUCAAGACCGCAGUGUACAUGGAGGGCUUCAUCAUCGCCGCCUCUAACCUGCCGGGGAACAUCUUCACUAUCCUGGUGAUGGACAGCACUGGAGGGAAGGUUCUUCUGUCUGGCAGCCUGGUGGUCUCCAGUGUGAGCGUCUUCCUCAUCUACGUGGUUCAGACCAAAGCUCAGAGUCUGGGUCUGUCCUGCGUCUUCAGCGGAGUGUCUGUGAUCGCCUGGAACGCUCUGGAUGUGGUGGGGACGGAGCUCUACCCCACCCAGCUCCGCUCCUCGGCGCUCGGGUUCUUCACCGGCGUGGGCCGCGUGGCAGCAAUCAUGGGGAACAUCGCCUUCGGGAAGCUGGUGGACUCGAACUGCGCCAUCCCCGUCCUGCUGGUGUCGGCUCUGCUGCUGACGGGGGGACUCGUCGCUCUGCUGCUCCCUCAGACCAAACAGACGGAGCUCACCUGAGCAUGCCGAACGCUGAUGCACAGCGACAGUGACAAUCUCAGAGGCGCUCCAUUUGUGUGCCUUGUCCAAACCUUUCAAUAUAAAAAUGGCCAAAAUUGCCUUCCGAGAAGGAAAUCUGUGCCUUUAAGUCAACAAGUACUUUUAACCUCAUUUUGGGAUUUUUCUGUUUUAGCAAAACACCUGUGAAAAGUUCUGCAGCUGUCGUUUUAAGAAAACCCACAUUCCACAUCGAUCCAUUUAGCAUCUUCAGGCUCAGUGAUCAGAUCCUGUUAUGCAUUGAAAUGAUCAGUCAAAGAAAACAAAUGUUUACUCCUUUAAAAGCUUUUGUGGCUUUACUGUCAGUGGAAAACCAAAGGUUGUCUCUGCUGCCAUUCUUUGUAAACCUUAACGCUGAUGAGCCAAAUCUGAGGGGUUUUUGUUAUGGUCACUUUAUUAUAAUAAACGCCACUUUUCCUACUA